CUGAGCGUGGUAUCAUCACCUGAUCACUACCAAUGAGGAACUACAGCGUUUGAUUGUUGAGCAUGCGAUCAUGUGACAGUAUGUGUUAGUGUAAUGAAGCUAUUUUUAAUUUCACCAAAGGAAACAUGUGUCCUCAUUAAUUGUUUAUGGAGGAGGAGAUGUUGAUGGCCGGGGAGAGUCAUGUUGAUCAUUAAUUCGGUGCUUAAACUGCUGCAGCGGCAGACAUACACCUGUCUGUCUCAUCGCUAUGGUCUGUACCUGUGCUUCGGAGGACUAGUCCUCAUGAUAGUGUCUGCUUUUCAGUUUGGAGAGGUUGUGGUAGAGUGGAGUCGAGAUCAGUACCAUGUUUUGUUUGAUUCCUACAGAGAUAAUGUUGCAGGAAAGUCCUUUCAGACGAGGCUUUGCCUACCGAUGCCCAUUGAUGUGGUUUACACCUGGGUAAACGGCACAGACACAGACCUGCUGAAGGAUCUUCGUGCUGUGAGACAGCAGCUGGAAGACGAACAGAAGGCCUUGAGGGAGCGUCUUGGAAAAAAUGCAUCUGAAAUAACUGAAGCUCCUAAGGGAAGGCCAGAAUGUCUGCUGUCUCACUGCAUCAUGGGUCCUGUGCUGGUGCUGGAUCCAUCCCUUCCUGCCAACAUCACAUUGAAGGAGCUGCCAACACUUUCAGUAGCAUUCUCCACUGCAAAACAAAUCUUACAGGUGUCCAAACCUCUCCACCCCUCCUCAAGCGUGUCUGUUCUUCUCUUCCACUCCCACAGUGAAGCUGAAAAAGCCCAUACAGAUGCUUUGAAGGAUGCAUUGACACACUCCAUCAGCAGAGGUUAUCUGACGACUGAUAAGGAGGCUCCGGGGCUGGUCCGCAUGCAAACUCUGGCCUACUUGAGCGGGUUCCCAGCGUCACUGAAGGAAACUGAGCAGCUCAGGGUCAAACUACCAGCUGUGGUGACCAGUAAAAUCAAACAGUUGCAGCUGUACUCGGAGGCCAGUAUUGCUCUUCUCCACCUAAACACAGUGCAGGAUUUUACUGACCUCACCCAGCAGGCCAAGAAGAACCUGACGUUGGAAGGAAAAGAGCUCACAGUCAGUCCGGCAUACCUGUUCUGGGACCUUAGCGCCAUCUCACAGUCUAAACAGGAUGAGGAUGUUUCUGCCAGUCGCUUUGAAGACAAUGAGGAGCUGCGUUAUUCACUACGUUCUAUUGAAAAACACGCACCAUGGGUGCGGCACAUCUUUAUCAUAACCAAUGGACAGAUACCGUCUUGGCUAAACCUAGAUAACCCACGUGUUUCAGUGGUUACUCACCAGGACAUUUUUCAGAACCAGACCCACCUGCCUACAUUCAGUUCUCCUGCCAUAGAGACUCACAUUCACCGAAUCCCAGGACUCUCUCAAAAGUUCAUCUACCUCAAUGAUGAUGUCAUGUUUGGCAAGGAUGUGUGGCCUGAUGACUUCUACAGCCACUCUAAAGGUCAAAAGGUGUAUCUCACCUGGCCUGUACCAAACUGUGCUGAGGGCUGUCCAGGCUCCUGGAUCAAAGACGGCUACUGUGACAAGGCCUGCAACAACUCUGCAUGUGAUUGGGAUGGAGGAGACUGUCAAGGCACUGCAGGCAGCAGUCGUUUUGGAGGAGUGGGCGGUGCUGUGAUUGGAGGUGGGCAGCCUUGGCAGUUCGGCGGUGGUCUCGGAGGAUUGGGGGGCGUGUCCUUCUGUAACCAAGGCUGUGCUAACUCUUGGUUGGCUGAUAAAUUCUGUGACCAGGCGUGCAACGUUCUUGCAUGUGGGUUCGAUGUCGGUGACUGCGGACAAGAUAACUUCAACCAAUUGCACUGUGUCGUCCUUCGGAGGAACCAAACGCUUUACACCCUGCCUCAGGGAGAGCUCCAACCGUAUUUUAGCUUCUCAGGCCUGGCUAACCGCGUGUCCGAGGCACAGGUCGCUGAUAACCCAGCGCUCCGUCACACUUCUGUCGCCAACAAAUGGAAGACCAUCCACCUGCUGCUGCUGCCUGGACACAAUGCCACUCAGAUCCACUACAACAUCACCUUUCAGAGUGCCAAUAACCACGACUUCACCAUGACUUUCUCUGUAGCAGUGGAUACCAGAGAGCUCCCCAAAUCAAACGUAUCCGAUCCGGUGCAGGAGAAAGACGAGGAGCCCAAACUGACCGUGGUGACCCCAGAACCAGUGGUCAUGUUUGAAAAGGUUCCCAAAGAAAAACAAGGCCCAAGAGUUAGAGAGAAAGCCCAUGGCGGUGUAGAGAUUGUACAGGUGCCUGCGUUAAAUGAAUCUCUUUUGCCUGAGGAAGUGAAGCUUGAGUUACAGAAGCUGAACGAGAAGCUAAUAUUAGGUGACAUUACUAUUAAAGGCUUUAAUUUGACCAAAGCAGUGCUGCUGGGGCCGUACAAAGACAAAGCUAAGCUUUUACUAAACAAUAAAGACUCUGAAAAACAAGACCAGGACAUACAAGCAAAACACUCGAAUGAAGACCAGAAGCCUCCUGUAAUCAGUCAACAUCAGGAUGAAAGAGCAGUGAGGGUGAAACAAGCAAAUGAAGAUGAGGAAAGAAACAAACACUCUGAAUUGGAACCAGGUGUUGCUCUGUCUCUUGUCCCAGUUCAGAUUGAUGGUGUUACACCGAAGGCUCAAUCAAGAUUGUUUGGCAUAGAGAAACCCCUCGCAUCUAAGCUUCUCAGCACCCUGAUGGGGAACUUGUCUAAAGAGAGAGAUUCAGAAAAUGAAGCCCACCUCCGCGGGCGGCCAGUGGGUCGUAAACUCCAGUAUUACACCUCCAGCUUGGACCGGGGUUUCCUUCCAUGGGAGAAGAGGAAGUUCUUUCAGGAUCUGCUGGAGGAAGAGGAGCGUCUACAGAGUGAACUGCAGUAUGCAACUGACGGGUCGGCCACUGGACGCAGGUUGCGGGACACUUUUGCUGAUUCACUCCGCUAUGUCAACAGACUCUUGAAUGCUCAGUUCGGCUUCACUUCCCGCAAAGUGCCCGCCCACAUGCCUCACAUGAUUGACAGACUCAUCAUGCAGGAACUACAGGACACCUUCCCUCAGGAGUUUGAUAAGACCUCGUCCCACUGUGUGCGUCACUCAGAGGACAUGCAGUUUGCAUUUUCUUAUUUCUACUUCUUGAUGAGUGCGGUGCAGCAGCUCAAUAUAUCUGAAGUGUUUGAUGAAAUUGACACAGACCACUCUGGCGUGCUCUCUGAUCGUGAGAUUCGCACGUUGGCCACGCGUGUCCAUGAACUCCCCUUAAGCCUUCAGGAUUUGACCAGUCUGGAGCAGAUGCUUAUAAACUGCUCAAAGGCUCUUCCAUCCAACCUCACGCAACUCCAUACUGUCAGCCCCACCCAGGAGGCCUAUUACGACCCCAGCAUGCCGCCCGUCACAAAAGGUUUAGUAAUCCACUGCAAACCCAUCACAGAGAGGAUCCACAAAACCUUCAAGGACCAGAAUAAAUACAAAUUUGAAAUCAUGGGCGAGGAAGAGAUCGCCUUUAAGAUGAUACGGACCAACGUCUCCCAUGUGGUGGGGCAGCUCGAUGACAUCAGGAAGAACCCUAGGAAGUUUAUCUGCCUGAAUGACAAUAUUGACCACAGCCAUAAGGACGCCAACACAGUCAAAGCUGUACUGAGGGACUUCUAUGAGUCAAUGUUCCCGUUGCCCUCUCAGUUUGAGCUGCCCAGGGAAUACAGAAACCGUUUCCUCCACGUGACAGAGCUGCAGGAGUGGCGAAUAUACAGGGACAAGCUGAAGUUCUGGACCCACUGUGUGCUGGUGACGUUAGUCGUCUUCACUGUCAUAUCGUUCUUUGCUGAGCAGCUGAUCAUAUUGAAACGGUGGCUUUUCCUCAGACGCAGGGUCAGCAAGGAUGCGACCCCCGAGCGGGUGUGAGGUUAUUCCUCUCUCAGAGGUUGUUGUGUGAAUAUGAAGUACCACAGCUGUACUUCUGUUAAUGCCGUCAGAUAAAAUUGCCCAUUUAGAGGUGACUGGGUGAAGUUGAUGAAGAAACUUCGAAGUGCAGGCCUCCUCCACAAAGGGGCAUUAGUGAGACACACUGCGGCCCUCGAGGCAAGUGACUUUCUCUCAGCCUGCGAUCACACUCCAGGUUGCGUAUUGAAUGUGAACUGAACUCAAUGGCCCAAAUUGAGUGUGUUGCCAUAUUACCUUACAUGUUUAAAUUGUAUUAAUUAGAAUUUUAAUUUAUAAGGGAAUGUCAAGGGUAAGGGUUGUUGUUGUCCUUGCAGUGCCUUUCUUUUCCACAUGAAUGAAAGUAGUGGAUUCUAAUGCGCGGCUGGAACUCUUGGCCUUGCGUUUGGCUUUUUGCAUUUGUCUUAAUCUGUCACUCUUGUUUAUUCCAAAGUGGCACAACAUCUCCAGGAGCAUAUUUAAAACCGAAUAGCAAUCCUGAUACUUGUAAAUUUGGGCAAGGAUCAUAAAAAUGAGCCAUUUCCUUCUCUUUCUAUUUUUAACUGCAUGUCGUUUUUGCUUGAAGUCCUUCACGUGAUUGUCUCUUAGUGGGACAUUAAAUACUGACUUUGUCUGAAAUUCAGAUGCCACCGCCUGUGGCCCUGGUGUGUAUUAAUUAACUCCUCACCUUCACUUGUCUUUUAAAGGGAAUCGUUUUUUGGCUUGCUCAAACGUUGCAACUACUGACCCCAAACCUUUGCAUAAUGCUGUUCUGGGAUGAAUUUCCCUGUUUACUUUUAUUUAUUAUGUUAGAAAAGACAUAAUUGUAAUGUACAAGCAUAUCUUUGUUUUAUUUUGGAAAUGUAUGUUGCUAAAAUUCUGUCAAAAUACACUUCUUUUAGGUCUUUAAAUUACACUGACAAUUUACCACUUUUGUGUCAAUUGUAAAUUCAACCAGGUGCCUAAUUUGAUAAUGAAAUAAGAACAUAAU